AUGGUCCUUGGCUGGCUGCUGCUUCUGGUGACAGCUCUGCCCCCAGGUACGACAGGCGCCAAGGACUGCGUCUUCUGUGAGCUGACCGACUCCUUAAGCUGCCCCGGUACCCACAUGCGCUGUGGCGAUGACGAGGACUGCUUCACAGGCCGUGGGGUGGCGCAGGGCGCUGGCCCCAUCAUCAACAAAGGCUGCACGCGGGCCACUUCGUGCGGCCGCGAGGAGCCCGUCAGCUACAUGGGCAUCACCUACAGCCUCGUCACCAACUGCUGCACAGGCCACCUGUGCAAUGGGGCUCCCAACCCCACAGGCAGCUGGAUGGCAGGGGCCACCACUGGCCUGGCGCUGGGCAUGCUGCUGCUGCUGCUCCAACAUUUGCUGUGACCUACCUGGAGGGCAGGGCUCAAGACUGGUCUCCCGGCUCCACUGCUCCCCGUGCCCCCUGCCUCCACCCC